AUGGCUAGAAGCGACGUGCGAAACACCAUUGCGUUUACUGAAGUAGACGAGACCAACAAUCCCACAGCAACCUAUGUCUAUUCCGAAACUCAAGAACAUCCCAACAAUCCACAUGAGAAGAGUCUCAACAAAUGGGGGAGGGUCGAUGUGAUGGACUCCCUCCAGGCAUUCUGCAGCUCCAUUGCCGGUCUCUUAUCCUCCAGAGCCGUACUCCAAGGUGUAGGCGUCGGCAAUGCCAACGCCUCUCCAACCUCCGCUCUCCUCCUGCACAUCCUGCAGGACUCCUCCGGCCGGAUCGCCACGAUCCUCUUCGCACAUCGCGUCGGGACGGCCCUCGAGCCCGAAUGCAAGAUGUACCGCCUCGCGGCCGAUGUGUUCAACGACGUCGCCAUGGUCCUGGAUUGCCUGUCGCCCAUGAUCCCCGCGGGAGUUGGCCGAGUCGGCGUACUGAGUGCUGCGGGCGUGCUGCGCGCUCUGUGCGGUGUUGCCGGGGGCAGUUCCAAGGCGAGUCUCAGUGCCCAUUUUGCUCGUGGGGGGAACCUCGCUGAAGUCAAUGCUAAAGACUCGUCGCAAGAGACGAUCAUCUCCCUGAUUGGGAUGCUGGUCGGCUCCUUCGUCGUGUCCCAAGUCACAAGCUUCGCAGCCACCUGGGCCAGCCUCCUGUUCCUGCUCACCGUCCACCUGGGCAUGAACUACGCCGCCGUGCGCGCUGUCCAGAUGACCAGUCUCAACAGACAGCGCGCCAACAUCGUCUUUUCCACCUUGCUCGAGUCAGACCCAGCUCUGGAUCUCCAUAGCCUCGGUCUUAGCAGGGAAAUCUACCAUCCAAUCCCACCGUCCGGCCAGCAAACUUGCCUGACAACGUCAAGGUCACCGCUUACACCCGCCGAUGUCUCCGAACAAGAAAGGAUCUUCGAACCCGACGGGGUCCUAAAGUGGACGUCAGCUUCCACGCAAUGCCACAAACUCGGGUACUGCCAGAUCGGCAUCUCCCUCGACCGAUUCCUCCGUCUGUCGUCGACGAGCACCAGCACAAAGCUACGAACAUCACCGAGCCUCAGAACCACGGUUCCAAUGCCAGAACUCUCCACUCUCUUCGCAAAUGAGGAUUAUAUCCUUUACCUGGUGCGGCGCGGAGCGCACGGCCCCGUCUGGUACGCCAGUCUCGUCCUGAAGAACACCUGCUCCGCCAGAUCGCAGCUGAAGGCCUGGACGCACGCAUUGCUUGCUGCGCGCGUGUUGUAUAUCUCCUCGUCUGAGGAAGGAGAUCGGCAGAUCUUGGAUGUGAUAGCGCGCACUCUGGACUUCCUCAAUCGCCACGCGAGGUUCGAGCGAUAUCUGCAGAGUCUUGAGGAGGCGGGCUGGGAUUUGACUAUAGCGGCUUUGGAGACAAGGACUAGGCGGAGGAUUGUGGUUGAUAACCACCAGUAG